UUGAUACGGGGGCCGGUCCUUCUCUACGGCCAAUCCGAGAUCGAAUACGUAAAAUGACAAUUCAAAUGAAUCGAUCGAGCGAUCGAUAAAGGAACCAAUCAGCUUGAGCCAAGCCAAACCCUUAGUUGUGUUUGAUCGGCGGUCAUCAGUACUUGGUUGUAGUAGAUUCUGUUCCACCUCCGUCUGCCUGCUGAGGGGAGACCCCCCUGGUCCUCAUUAAACCUGGUGUGUUCUGCGUUCUCCUCUCUGUGUCGACCCCUGUGUCCCCGCCAGGCCUCUCGUCGCCCGGCUCUCAUAAGAAGUCGGGGAAAUUCGAUUUCGGCGGCCAGGCCCGGCCCCCUCGCAUGGCGUUCUCCCACCACCCGCUGCCCCUGCUGCCGGGCAUGCGACCAGGAAGUCCCCGAGCCUCCGCCUCUGCGCUCCACUUCCCGUCUCCGUCCAUCAUCCAGCAGUCCAGCCCGUACUUCACCCACCCCACCAUCCGCUACCACCACCACCCUGGACAGGACCCCCUCAAGGAGUUUGUUCAGUUCGUCUGCGCCGAUGGGUCCGGACAGCCCACGGGCCAGCAUACUCCACGUCAGGCGCCUCAGCUGCCAACAGGUUUGUCGGCAUCGGAUCACGGGACAACAACUUUCUGAACAUCCCCCAACAGACCCAGUCUUGGUUCCUCUGACAACACCUUCCAACCACCCACCACAUUUAUUUCUCUACGAUCCCGAAUAAGAGAACGAGAAAAAAUCAGCGAGAUACAGCAGAUCGUUUUCCUCCAAAAACAACAACUACAAUAACAAUGAUGACUACAUCAACAACAUCCCAGUGACAUCACGGUGACAUCACAGCCAGUAGGCACCACCCACUCCGUGAGCUGAAAGUGAAAGUGAAAGCAACAACAGAGACACGCCCCGCCGCCCACUCCCC